CCAUGGCAUCCUUCUUUCAGCCCUCUCUUACAGGGCCAAGCACUGAUACAGACACCAGCACGAGGUUUCUUAUCAACUGGAAUGCAACACUGAAGGGCUCACAGCUCACCCUGUACUGGCACCAAAUCCUUGUCGUUGCAGUCGGUGGUACCUCUCUCGUCCUUGGACUCUCAAGCUUCAUCAUACAAUACAUUCGAAAGAAGCGCCCCCUAAAAAAGAACCCUCUACCACCAAGCAUCAAAAGAUUUCUCCAGCUCCCGCGAGCAUGGACACAACCCAAAGGCCCGUCACCAAGAACAGAGAAAGACACGCCAAUCACCUCUGAGAAAGCUCCACCUACACCAGUCUUCUCCCCACCCAAGUUGUCGUUGGUCAAGACUNUUUGUGUGUCCGAACACGAGUUACCAGUUCAGCACUUCCGAUCCAACUUUGACCUGCAUAUUGUUGGAUUGACUAGAGAAAGGACCCUCGAUAGACCACCAGAGCGAAUUCAGGAUUCCAUUGACCAAGUACGUGGCCAUGAUGAGCCGCCAACGCGCUCAGCGCAUGGCACUAACGAAAGCGCGAAGUCAUCUCGUCGCUCGACACGAGACUCGCUUGGGAGUACUGCACAUGACACGGCUCGAGAUUCCAUACACCCUCCUCGAAUCUCAGCCGAUGCGCAACCAGCGACGAACGUCUCGACUAUCUUCUAUGGUGCUCUCAAAGCUACAUCAGCAUUGCAGAAAGAGAGUAUUGAAGAAAAGGCCGCAUUACUCAACAAUCUUCGACUCAAACAAGGUCUACAUGGAGUCGUUGUAUCAUACAGCCGAGACGACUCGGCUGAGGACAUCAAUGCACUCUUGAUAGCUUUGAGAAACCUGCACGUGUCAGUGAUUCUUACAGGUGAUCCUGAUUUGAAGAUCGUCGACUCAAUUUCCUUCGCGCUCAUCGACGGCCUUAUAAUACGAAACGCAUUUGUUCUGCCCGACGGUCAGCGCCGAGGUNUUUUUCGCGCCGCCCAAGUGCGAGAGUGCGUCGCAAGAUGCAAACGUCAAAUGAACGCUCGACCAGAGUUCUUCAUGGGCUUUCUCGAGAUCUGGAUAGUCAGACCUUCGGCCGCAACUCUACGCAGGGCAUUCAAGCUGGCCGACUUCUUCGGGGCUACAAUUCAGGCCCAAGCGGUCUCGCAGCACAACACACGAACGGAGAUGUGUCUAAGCGGAUUCGACUGGCUAAAACGAAUGGAAAUAGUGUAUCUACAAAAAUGCUGGUCGCAAAACCCUGCGACGAAUGCUUUAGAUGCAGAGACAGACGCCAUUCACUUCGACACCCAAAGACUAUCUGAGAUCCUGGGUCCAGCUGAAGAUCUGCUCGCGCUAGCUCCCUUGCCUCCUGAUCUUCUAUCUAUCCAGAAUGAGCGACUGGAAAGCGUGCCUAGUCCAGACUACAUUUUGAACGCUCCGAGAAGAGAAAGUAUAUGGGACGUAACGAGCUGUGGCGCGCCGCUCUGCAAAAAUGGAUGUUACAACCUCCGGGACCAAACCACAGAGGAGCAUUAUGGGCGUAUCUUGCAAACUCAGCGCCGACUAAAGCAAUUGCAAAUGCUGCACAUUUACGCAGAAAUUGAGAUCAUGACAACGUCAAAAGUGUUGAGCACAGCCUUGAAGAACUCUUCUUAUCCUCAGUUGCUGCAGCUGCUGCUUGACCAGCUUACAAAGGGACGUGUGCGGAUCUACAAGGGCCUAGAUAGUGGGUUUAGCCUUCCCGAUGACGGUGGGCAUAUGUUCGGGCUCUCUGAUAGCUCCCAGGAAGAUGGUCAUGUCUUUAUCGACAUCUACAUCUCACUCAAGAACGCAUACGACACUGCUACUAUAUGGCACGUGUUCCUCGCACAUCACGGGAUACCGCGCUUACAAUGCUACGAAGAGGAGCUCUUGUUCUUUCCUGGCGCGCGGCUUCCAAAAAGUCUACAACAGGAGUUGACUCAAAGCACGGAAGCCGAGCUGCUUUCCAUCAUUCAACAAGUCCGAUUGAGCGAUACCGAUCAUGUUUUCCAUCAAACGAUCAUCGAAACAUGCGCCUCUAUCUUACUCGAGGAUAGUAGACAGACUACAUGGACAGCCCUUCAUUCUCGAGCCUGUCUUGACGGAUCAUUGAGUAUGCGAACUCUGAUCCAGAUGCGUCUUGAGCAAUUCGCGAAGCAAGGCGCACGCCAGCUUCCUGAGCUCGGAAAGCUUGUGGAGUUCUCUCAACUCCUCGAACGAAAGUUGCAGGAUGCUUUGUUCACUACCGAUCGAUCUACGCUAAAUCAGCUGUCAGCUCCUCUUGUUGAUGCUUACAAUGCUAUUGGAAUAACCCGAGCGGCUGGCAGCAGACUAGAUCUUUACGGUUUGAUGUACUUCUGCACUUUGCGCAAGCUCGCUUACGAGGAUGUCUAUCUUGAAACGACAGACCGCUGUCCGUUGUUCUUGCAACAGCAUGACCAAGCUGGUGUAUUCUCUGAGUUAUGGGUUUUGGGCUCGCAGUGCGAGAUCUACUUCGGCAUUCAACCCCGAGCUCUGGGAGAAGUCACCUACGAUAAGUAUCACGAGUACCUAUCUCGGCAUCCACCUCCACCUGCAUCGUGGGAUGGUAAAAAUGUUUUCACCGCUUACUCCAAUACUGAAGCUCGGAUAAAGUUAGAGAGACAUGAGGUGAUGACAGGCUCUGGCUCACCUGUAGAUUUGCCUGGACAAGCACCUGGUUUUAGACUCGACGAGCCAGAAUCGACAAAACGUCUUACUGAAGCUGCCAGCACAUUCGGUGCCCUGUCGAUCUUCUGUUUUCCAGCUAUAAUCGAUGUCCUAUUGCUGACAUUUGUCGGUCGUGGUUUCUAUAUCACGGCAUUCAUGGAUUACAGAGUUACUGACAUGGCCGACUACGCCAUUCUGACUGCUCUGCUCAUGACCGGUGGCAUCACUGGCUGGGUGGGCAGCACUGGAGGCUUUUAUCUCUACAAUCGUUUCUCUGGAGCAUUUUUAUUGACCACGAUCGUAGCAUUAUGUGGCUUCUUCGCGUUUGGUGCCCAAGUUUCCUGGUUCCACGGUGGAUUCAUAUACUUGGUCUAUCUCUUUCCUUUGACGACUUUCCUUAACUUGUUAGGCAUGUUCGCUACCAUGCACCGGCUAGGUUGCCCUCUGACUUCCGGCCGCAUCGCAAUGUGGCGGUGUAUUCCCAUACUCUUCAUCUCUCCCAUUGUCACUAGCCUCGUCAAUGGGCAUGAUCUUCUGAUCUACCUGCUCAUUAUUUAUACCUUCGUCAUCACACUCCUGGUCACCUUUCGAAACCUUCUCCACGAAUGGACCACCUGGCUGGCCAAAGUACCGUCAGUGAAAGAGAAGGAUUUGAUAACCUGGUACAACUCGAAGAUGAGGAAGGAGCAAGAAUCUGUGUCUGGAGGCCACUCUCAAGAGAUUGCCGCUAGUGCUCGUCUUGCUCUCCGACUUGCGGUACAUCAAUAUCGCAACAGAAGCUUUUCUAGUCGAGUGUUCAAUCCUGAAGCGGACGUGGAUCCUUUCGUCAAGAAGAUGGGCAUCGGGCAUCCGUAUGCUCUCUGGCUUCUCGAAAAAGAAGCUGGGGGAGCGGAACUGCCUCCUAUCUAUACGACAACUUGGUUUGUGCAACUUGAGCUUGCGUUCACCGAUCAGCGACAGUUGACGCGAGGCCUCAAGGAGCAUAGUCAGUUCAUCACCUUUCGCUACUCGAACGCCCUUAUGGAUCGCUGGAUCGAUCUUAUCAUGCUCGCAAGACGACCGGAGAUUGUCACAUAUUUCGAUGAUCGGGCGCGUUAUGGAAUCUGCUUUGGGCUUUUGUACUUCCUGCUCAGUGCAGUCGCAGUGGAUCUGGUGUUGCAAAAGUACUGGCCACUUGCAACCGAGCUCCCAGAUCGCAAGAUUGCCAAUCUAAAAACAUACGAUGAAGUCAAGCUCGAUCAGAAACGAGUUGCACUGGGGGAACUUAUGAGCUACCUAGCUAUAAUCUUUGGUGUUUUGACCGUUCUCAUAUGGGUCUUCGUCAUCGACCACAGAUCAAUUAUCUUGUACUUUCUGUAUAUUUCAGGCUACACAGGAGUGUGUCUGUUCCAGUUCAAUCGGUGCUUUACCAAACACCCAAAAGCUCACGUGGUCGCCGUGCUAAUAUGUUGCGCUGUGGGUUUUAUUGUUGGCUGCAUCCUUCGAGCAGCACCCUCUACGAAAAAUCUGUUCUACGAUUUUGUCAUUGGCUUGAACAUCACCAGCAUCUCAGCUGCUAUUGCUACUUUCCUGCUGACCGGCUAUUUUUCGUCGCCAACAAGUCGAUUAGACCAACCUGGAGAUGUUACCAAGAGAAACAGCAAGACCACCGACAAACGUUCUUCGGCUGAUGCGAAUGCUCAACCAGCAAGCUGGGCGACUUUGUUCAAAACUCAUACCAACACACUAUGCAAUUUAUCGCACACUACGCAUCGCAAGAUUCUCCAACAUUUAUGUCUUGACAUCGACGUUAAUGUGCAGUGGACCAAGAUUCCUGACGACGUCCGAUCUCUUAUAGUAUCACGCAUGCUAGGCGUAACAGGCCAUACGACUGCCUCCGCCCGGACAUGGUUAGCUGCGGAGUCAAAAAAUACCCAGGAAUCUGACAACGAGUUAGAAAGGUGCCUAGUGAACUAUGGAAGCCAGAAAUCGACCGUCAGCAAGGAUGCAGACAAUGCUUUCAAGAUCGCAGGCUCGUACAGAGACCCAGAGUUGACCUCUGUACUGGGAAGAAAGUUCGGUGUGGUGUCCAAGCUAAAGCACUUUGUUACAACUGUUGGCCUGACGAUCUACGACAUUGUGAAAUGGAUAGCUCUCAUCUCAGGUGGGGCACCAGACGCCAAUCGUGAGCUGUGGUUUGCUCUCAGAAACAACCCGUUACACAAGCCUCUGCUCUGGACAUUGCUCAAGAUCUGGAAGGCAUGCUGGUUCGUCAAAAACUUCUUGACCUACUUGUUUCUGAUUCUCGACUCAAAGACCAAGACGACCUCGACGUUUGAGUAUCAAAACAAAGAAUGGAGACGUUGGCCGACGAAGAAAAUCACCAAGGAAGGAGACGGCCAUGAGAUCGAAUCCCUCUAUGACAAACAUGGUCGCGUAGUCAGUGGGAAGUUGUUUCGUGGCGAGGCAGGGUUCUCUUUCGAAUAUCUUUACAAGAAGAGACCCAAAGGCAACACCGAGAUCCUUAAAGCGACCUACACGCAGGAAAACGCUGAAGGCACUCCUCCCGUUGUGUCUGUGUUUUGGAGCGUGCAACCCCGAUCUGGUUCUGAGAAGGUCAAGAGUUGGACUCCUUCUGAAAAGAUUAGACGAGUAAUCGCAGUUCUGGAUGGACAAACUUACGAGACUGAAUGGGUCUACAAGCACGCAAGAGAUCCCGAUCUCGAGACAACAUUGACAGAUCAGCACGGUACAGUGCUUACUGGCGUACCGGCCCCUGCGGCGAUCUUGGAAGAUGCAUUCGGUCUGCUCAAGAAACCAAAAGACUUGUCUUUUGACCAUGUCGAUCUGUUGGUUUAUCAUUCUCUACGCUGGCUUACGAGAUUUCCGAAACAUGGCGAGGAAGUCUCUAAGCCUUCUUCAUGGUUCAUGUCACUCAUGCCAUUUGGUUAUUCAGACACANAAAAGAAAGUCGUCUACCGAAGGCUGCCGACUGCUGUCUUGAGGACAGCACUUUGGACUUUCUGGGCAAAGCCACCUCACCUGGAUGCUGUCUCGGCAUGUUUCCUGGACGAAAUGAUAUUGCGCAAAGAGCCUCUUCUGAAGAAGUACUGGAAGCUUCGGGAUACUGGCAAGCUAUUGGAAGCUGCGCACUUCCUUGAUGAAAAUCUUGACUUGAUUAUAUCUGCCAUUGAGCCGUCUACAGAAGCAUCUCAGACGUGUCCUCUUCUCAUCAAAGUGUCAGACUUGUUUAUUAUGGGUCUAGGGAAGGACGCGAAUCAAGUUACAGCUCGUCCCGAGGAUGCAUAUCGCGAUACCCAGACUCGUACAUCUGUGAUUUUCUCUGACAAUGGCUGCUGGCCUGAUAAUCCGGGUGGUGUGUCCAACUGCAGGCGAGAUUUGGUCAACGGGCAUACUACUAUUCGAGGUCACUGUUUAGCCGAGUCAGCCAACGAUUUCGGAAUACCUCGAUACCAAAUCGAGCAGAACAUCAACUCUUUGAAGAUUCUGCCCUUGUGGGGACUUGACGGGAAAACACCAUACCACGGCGUACUUGACAAUUUACUGCAAACCCAAAUCGAUGAGAGGUUCUUCCAGACACGGAUUGAAGAAGACAUCAAGGUCAUCUUUAUUCCUCUGCUCACAACCUUCGUCAAGGGUGCACGGAUGAGGCGUUACACCCGUAGCGACUUAGUCAUAUUUAGUAAUGUGAUCUUGCAGAUGAGCAGGUACUUUGAGAAAUGCGACUUCAACAAAACCUGGGACAACAAGGACGUCUGGGAUGCAUGGAUCCAAGCCUGGCUCAUUGAUUACCAAGAUCCAAAUAUUGGCAACCCUCGAGACUGCUUCGAGAUCGAGCAAGCAACUAUGAGCGACUUCAAAAGUGCACUCGGCUUGUACGUCUGCUACUUUUUCAUCUAUUCGGUCGAGCUUCCACCGGAUUGUCCCACUGUCUUUCAAAGCACACAUCACGGGAUCAGCAGUCUCUAUGGUAUGCUUCUCAAAUACCGUCGUGGAACUACCUGGGGCAUUUGGGAUCAUGCAAUCUUGUGGCGAGAAACAUGCUUGAACAUCAGUCCAGCGCAAUGCUUGCUCCCGAUUCCAGUCCAGUCUAUGCUUCUUGCCGGUAUCAAGCUGGCUUGCCAUCUGGCGUAUACCCAUGUUGAUAUCAUCCUGCCAUGCACUUCCGUCUUCAACCCUGACUGGGAGAUUGAUUUAGGCACAGAUCAAGGACUACGAGGUAGCAAGAAGCUGUUCGCACGCAAAAUUGAUCCCAUUGUGAAUGGAAUCGGUAAUAUGGAUGCCUUCCAGCCAGUGACAGAAACUAGGAGCAAGAUCCCAACAUGCGUAAUGCUCUCGAAUGUUCAGUUUAUCAAGGACGUCAAAAAUGCCGUACUGGCUGCAGAUGUCAUUGUCAACAAGUACGGCUUCGCCGACUAUCGUCUGGUUGUUUAUGGCGCUCAAGAUAGACAACCAAGCUAUGCGCUCGAAACGACUACACUCAUCAACACACGCAAUCUUAACACUAACGUCAUCCUUGCUGGUUUUGGUUCACCAAAAGAAGUUCUCAAAGAUGCCUGGCUGUUCAUGAAUUCUUCUCUCUCUGAAGGGCUUCCUCUAGCCAUUGGUGAGGCCGCUCUUUCUGGAAUUCCCAUUGUUGCUACAGAAGUUGGCGCUACUGCUUUGGUGCUCACUGACCCUGAUGACUCGACAAAGCGUUACGGCGAGGUCGUACCUCCCAACGACCCAGAGGCACUCGCAAGAGCACAGCUGAGCAUUCUCGGCAUGCUUGGUCCCUGGGCAGAGUACACUACCGACAAGAUCAAGCCACCUCCACUCCCUGACUCACUCAAGCCCGAUGAUGUUGCACGAAUUAUGGCAAGAAUGUAUGAAAAGGCAGCCGAUCGUCGUGCUCUAGGCCUCAGACUUCGAGACGUCGUCCUUCGCAGUUUCCACGGACAGAGGUACCUUCGCGAGCACGAGCAAAUGUAUUGGAUACAACGCUGUUGGGCAGAAACCCGUCGCUCGGCAUACAAACUAAGCCGACAUCCGCCAGCCAACGCCGCUUUCGGCGAGUCGAACAUCUUCGAGUACGAUGACGCUGGUGAUACUGGAGAAGAUGCUAAGGCACGUUGGCAAGACUUCCAGUUGGAUCAACUGCAAUCUCGUAGUCAUCCGCCACCU